CCCGGCCGCCGGAAACGCGACAACAAGGCCAGCACCUACGGCCUCAACUACUUGCUCUCCGGCGACCGCACGGCCGAGUCCGGCGGAGCGGGGCCCGCCAGCCCCCCGGCCCGGCCCGGCACGCCGUGGAAAAGCCGCGCCUACGGCCCGGGCAUCCAAGGACUCCAUGAAGAAAUCAUUGACUUUUAUAACUUCAUGUCCCCGUGUCCUGAGGAGGCGGCCAUGCGGAGAGAAGUCGUAAAGCGCAUCGAAACCGUCAUCAAAGACCUCUGGCCGACCGCUGACGUGCAGAUAUUCGGCAGCUUCAGUACAGGUCUCUAUCUCCCAACCAGUGACAUUGACCUGGUGGUCUUUGGAAAGUGGGAGCGGCCACCCCUGCAGGUGUUGGAGCAGGCACUGCGUAAGCACAGUGUGGCCGAGCCGUGCUCCAUCAAAGUCCUGGACAAGGCGACGGUCCCGAUCAUCAAACUCACCGACCAGGAGACGGAAGUGAAAGUUGACAUCAGUUUUAACGUGGAGACUGGUGUCCGGGCAGCCGAGCUCAUCAAGAGCUACAUGAAGAAGUAUUCGUUGCUGCCGUACCUGAUUUUAGUGUUGAAGCAGUUCCUGCUGCAGAGGGAUCUGAACGAGGUGUUCACGGGCGGAAUCAGCUCCUACAGCCUCAUUUUAAUGGUCAUCAGCUUCCUGCAGCUGCACCCACGGAUCGACGCCCGGCGGGCUGACGAGAACCUGGGCAUGCUGCUGGUGGAGUUCUUUGAACUCUAUGGAAGGAAUUUUAACUACUUGAAGACUGGUAUUCGGAUCAAAGAAGGAGGAGCCUACAUCGCCAAAGAGGAGAUCAUGAAGGCCAUGCCCAGCGGGUACAGACCGUCGAUGCUGUGCAUCGAAGACCCCCUGCUGUCUGGAAACGACGUGGGCCGGAGCUCUUAUGGGGCCAUGCAGGUGAAGCAGGUGUUCGACUACGCCUACAUCGUGCUGAGCCAUGCCGUGUCUCCCCUCGCCCGGUCCUAUCCUAACAGAGACUCAGAGAGCACACUGGGGCGCAUUAUCAAGGUCACGCAGGAGGUGAUCGAUUACCGGCGCUGGAUCAAGGAGAAGUGGGGCGACAGGGCCAGCCCGUCACCUGAGCUCGAUAACAGGAUGAAGCAGAAGGAGCACAUCAGCGUGUGUGAAGGGGAGCAGGCCCAGAGCCGAGACCUGGGCUCACCCUACAGCCGCCGCCUGACCUUGUCCCUGUCCAGCCCCCAGCUGCUCUCUUCUGGCUCCUCCGCCUCCUCUGUGUCUUCCCUCUCUGGGAGUGACAUUGACUCGGACACGCCGCCCUGUGCAGUGCCCAGUGUUUAUCAGUUUAGCCUGCGGGCCCCCACGCCACUGAUGGCCACUCUGCCUGCAGCCUUACCCCUGCCCAGCAGCAAAGCCCAGCCUGGUGCCUCUCGGACACUGACUAUGACAACAACCAACCAGACCAGGUUUACGGUCCCUCCCCCCACCCUCGGGGUGGCCCCUGUUCCCUGCAGGCAGGGGGGCCUGGAAGGUACCCCGUCAUUGAAAGCCGUCCAUCACAUGUCUCCCCCGGCCCCCCCUGCUGCACCCCAUCCACUGAGCAGCCCAACUCUGUAUCAUAAGCAGCACAGCGGUAUGAAGCUGUCGGUGAAAGGCUCGCACGGCCAGGCCAGUGGCCACGGCUCUGUGGGCAGCAGCAGCGUGCGUCCCCCCAUGGGGAACCGGGGCCACCACCAGUACAACCGCACCGGCUGGAGGAGGAAGAAGCACACGCACACUCGUGACAGCCUGCCCGUCAGCCUCAGCAGAUAG